CUGCGAAAUGGCUGUCAAGAUGUUAUGUUCUUUUCUUAAAAGUAGGCAACAUAUUAAAGGGGUAUCGCAUUCUUUUGUGAAAAUUGUUACAUUCUGGCAGCGCAAAAGUGUUCCACUUUCUACCCUCUAUAAAAUGAUGGUGUGGCAAUGUCACACCGCAAAACAGCUGAUUUUGAUUGUUUAUUAUUUUUUCACAAGAACGCUGAAAAAAUUUUAAGCCGAAAAAACGACGAAAUGGAAGCAGUAAUUGGAUUGAGUGAAUUAUUAGACGAAUUGCUAGAUUCGUCUUCAUCAUCGGAAGAAGAGAUUGAGGCGGUUCUUUUAAGAAGAAACCCUUAUCCACGCGUGCAAGACUUCAUAGUAAAUGUUGUUCACUCCUACACCGAGUUGGAGUUCAAAACAAACUUCCGCAUUACCCGCGGCAGUGCAGAAUAUCUCGUGGCAAGGUAUUCCUCUAGCAGAUGGUAUGUAAAAAGGAGCUACAAGGGAGGCAGACUGCAAUCUACAGCGGAAACUCAUAUGCUUUCUUUUUUGUGGUUUAGCGCUAACAAAACUACGUUCAGAGAAGUAGCAAACCUUUUUGGCGUGACGUUGUCGAACAUUCAUUUCACCUUCAAUAAAGUUUUGAGUUUCUUAGUGGAAGCUGUUGCGUCGGAGUCAAUAAGAUUUCCAAAGGAAGAUGUUGAGAAAGAAGCUAUUGCGAAGGAAUUUCAAAAGAUUGCUGGGUUCCCAAACGUUUUGGGCUGCAUAGAUGGUAGCUACAUUUCCAUUAGAAAGCCUAAGAAUAAAAUACGUUCAACCUACACAAAUAGACAUGAUUGUGCAUCAAUAACCUUGCAAGGAAUUUGCGAUGCAAAGCUACGUUUUCUGGACGUAUAUACAGGCAUUCCUAGCAAAAUUCAUGAUUCGCGGAUUUUAAAAUUAUCUUUCAUUGGAAAGGAGCUUCCAAGCGCAUGUGCUCCUAAAUAUCAUUUGCUAGGCGACGCUGCGUAUCCCCUUCGUGAAUAUUUACUAACUCCAUUUCGGGAUUAUGGAAGUUUGAGCGAAUCGGAAAAACUAUUCAACCUGAAAUUUUGCCAAACGCGAGUGAAAAUUGAAAACGCAUUCGGUGUGCUAAAAUCUCGUUUUCGCCAGCUAAUGCGUCUCGAUUUUCAUGAUGUGGAAGUCAUGGCCAAAUUUAUUAUAGCUUGUUGUGCUCUACAUAACAUUUGUAUAGAGAGAAAUGAUUGCUGUGAUAUUGAAACCAGCUAUAUCGAAACUGAAAGCGGUCAUAUUGAAGGCGGUGACAGAAGAGACCUUUUGCUAACGCAGCUGGGACAACUGAAGCGAAAUGAAAUCAAAAACCAUUUCUAUAAUUUCAGACAUUAAUUGCAGUUUUACUGCCUUUUUAUUAGAAAAGAACUGAAAUAAAAAUAUUAAAUAAUUCAAUCUUUUGUUUAACAAAACUAGAAAUUCACUCAUCGUAGUAGGUUAUAUUUUUUAAUAAAAAUAUGUCAGCAUUUACAGUUGUACAAAAAGUAAUAGAAGUGCGAUAUUUUGACCAGUUUUGACUACUUUUCUUUGUUUAUUAAAUAUUUUUUUAUUUUUAUAAAAGCGUAGUUGGAUAUGCACCAAACACCAUAUAAGUAAACAUUUCAAACUUCGUACAAAAAUUAUAAAAAUCUACAAAGGUUCGAAAAUGGCAAAAG